CGGUCUCUCCCAUGAGAAGCGGUUUCAAAAUGGCUGCCAAACACGUGUGAGAUCUAUCAGCCAAAUUUUCUUCGUAAGAAUAGUCAAACAAAACUAUUGAUACAAUCAUGGACCCGGCUAAGGCACAGAUGGUUGCAGAACUGGAAAUCGAAAUGAUGACGGACUUAUAUAACAGAUUAACUGUGGCCUGUCAGAAGAAGUGCAUAUCUCCAAAAUACAAAGAGGGUGAUCUAACCAAAGGCGAAUCGGUUUGUUUGGAUCGCUGUGUGGCAAAAUAUCUGGAAAUACAUGACAGGAUUGGCAAGAAACUAACAGCCAUGUCUAUGCAGGAUGAACGGCUCAUGAAUCAGCUUCAAGGUCAGGGACAGGCAGGGAAUUGAGGGGACCAAAACAUUGUUAUUCAUUGAAAUAAUGACAUUUAGGAAUCAGCUUUGAUGUGAAAGAUCUCGGAAUUUGACAAUAGCGACAGAGGUAACUGUUUCAGGACAGAUUCUAUAUUUUACCCCAUGGCUUUAGAGUCAAUGGAAUUUUUGUAAAUUAAAAAUGUACAAUAAACGGGUGGACUUAUUGACAGUA